AUGCACGGUAUCAAACGAGGGAUAUGUCUUUACUUAUUAAUCGUACCAAAUAUAAUUCUAACAUUUCUUUGUCCCGCUCUCGAAAUAGCGAAAAUUGAAUUAUUUAGUCAAACAAAUGGUGAACUUACAUAUAAUUCGUGGGUUGAAUAUUCUGUUGCAGCUAUAAUUUGGUUAAUUUUUCCACUAUUUUACACAUAUUUCACAAUUAAUGAAAUGAAUGGUAUUCCCCAAAAUUGUCCAUCUGAUUAUUCGUAUAAAAAUUCCAUCACUUUAACAGCUUGUCAAAUUAGACUUUCCAAUUUGAUUUGUAUGUGGUUAUACUAUUUUUCGCUUGUCCUUAUAAUUCCAAUAGGUUGGUCAUUAAAAUUAUUGGCUAGUGGGGAAGGAUUAGCGGAUUUCUUUAAUGGAGAUAAUUAUUAUUCGAAAAAAAUGCCUCAUCGAUAUAGUGCGAAAAUAGAAAUUGAUACAAGUAAAAGACCAAGUGUAAGUGGUUCAGUAUUAUUUAGUGCAGGAAAUAGUCCAACUGAUGUUCUCUAUACAUACUUUACAAUCAACGAAAUGGGAGAAAUUCCUUUUACCUGUCCACCAGAUUAUUCAUAUCCUUCAGUCGAAAUAAAAGUAGCCUGCGGAAUUCAUCAAAUCAAUUUAAUAUGUUUAUGGCUUUUUUAUAUACUUAUUAUAAUAUUAUUAAUUUUUUUCGCUUUAAAUAAUGACAUGCAUGAUUAUGGUAGUUAUGGGAGUGGUAGGAAAAUUAGUUUUAGUGAAUAUGAGGAAGAUGAAAAAAAUGGUGGUGAAAUUCUAAAAAGUGCAGGUGUAAAAAAUGGUGAUGAGGUUGGUGGUCAAUUUUUAGCUAAUGUGAGUUUAGAUGAUAAUAGAGAUGAAGAAAGAUUAUUAGCUCUUUACACAUUAUUUACAAAAGAUGAUAUUGAUGAUGUUCCUUUUAAUUGUCCAUCUGAUUACUCAUAUCCAAAUCAUCGAUAUCUAUUAGCUUGUCAAAUUCGGGAAGCAAAUUUUUUAGCAAUGUGGGUAUUUUGUGGAAUAGGUAUAUUACUUACAAUAUUUAUACCAGCAGGAGUUUUUCCAUUGAGUGAAGAAGAAAGAGAAAAGAAUCCCAAAAUUGAUUUUUAUUAUGUAUGGUCGGGAUAUAAUAGAAUUUAUACUUAA